AUGGCUACGGGGUAUCUGGUUCUCCUUUGGGCUCUUCUGGUUGUCCUCGGAUGGCUUGCUCUCCGCAAGCCACCCAAGGGUUUGCCACCAGGGCCGCGCCCCCUCACCCUGUUGGGGAACCUCCUGCAACUCGGCAAGCUGCCGCACCGCUCCCUCGCGGAGCUUGCGCGCCGGCAUGGCCCACUUAUUUCGCUCCGGCUGGGGCUCGUCCCCCACAUCGUUGUUUCAUCCCCGUCCGUCGCCAAGCAGGUCCUCCAGAAGCACGACCAACUGCUGUCCUACCGGGCGCCGCCGGACGCUACCCAGGCUCUAGACCAUGCCAAGUUAUCGAUGGUGAUGUUGCCGCCGGGUGCGACCUGGCGGAGCCUCCGCAAGAUCUGCAACUCCAAGAUCUUCGCCACUCAGCGGCUCGACGCGAACCAGGGCUUCCGCUCCCAGAAGGUGAGGGAGCUCGUCUCCUUCGUGGAGCAGAGCGCUAGAGCCGGGCAGCCUGUCGACGUCGGCCGGGCGGUGUUCACGACCACACUCAACCUUUUAUCCACCACUAUCUUCUCCGCAGACAUGGUGAGCCAUGACGAGGAGUCGUCGGCUGAGUUCAAGAACCUCGUGCGGCAAGUCAUGAUAGAAUCUGCGAGCCCCAACCUCUCCGACUACUUCCCCCUGCUCCGGUGGGCUGAUCCGCAGGGCCGCCGCCGACGACUGACGUUCCAUCUAAGAAAUUUGAAGAAUAUAUUCGACAGGAAAAUUAACGAUCGGCUGAGCUCGAGAUCUUUUCCGGCUACAUCCAAUCCUGAGGAUUUUCUAGACGUGCUCCUCAAUGCCAAUGCCUCAUUGGAACUAGAUCGUCCCGCUAUAGAUCAUCUCCUUGUGGUGACCUCUCUCUCUUUCUCUCUCUAUAUAUAUACAUAUAUAUAUUCACGUGUGUGUGUGUGUGGUGUCCAUCGCUAAUUAUUUAUUUUUAUACAGGACCUAUUUUGUGCUGGAAGCGACACGACUUCCACAACAGUCGAAUGGGCAAUGGCAGAGCUCCUCCGAAAUCCCACAGCGAUGGAAAAAGCUCGCCGGGAAGUGGCGGAGGUCACGAAGGGUUUGCAGAAGGAGACGGUGGAAGAGUCCGACAUCGGCCGGAUGCCUUAUCUGCAGGCCGUAGUGAAGGAGACCCUCAGGCUUCACCCUCCAGUUCCUUUCCUCAUCCCCCGUCGAGCUGUGGAGACCGUAGAGCUGUCGAUGGACGGCGAAGGGGACAACUCCAGCAGGUCCUACACAGUUCCGGCGGAGACAACGGUUCUGAUUAACGCGUGGGCCAUUGGGAGAGACCCGGCCACAUGGGGCUCCGACGCCGACGUCUUCCUGCCCGAGCGCUUCUCCGGCGGCGGAUGCGGCGAUGUGGACUUCAGAGGGUGCCACAUGGAGCUGAUCCCCUUCGGGGCGGGGCGGCGGAUCUGCCCGGGGCUACCGCUGGCGGCGAGGAUGUUGCACCUCCUGCUCGCCAACCUGCUCUGGUCCUUCGACUGGAAGCUCCCGGAGGGGACGGCGGCGGGCGAUAUCAGCAUGACGGAGAACUUCGGGAUCGCCCUUAGCAAGGCCGAGCCCCUUCUUGCCGUCCCCGUUCUUGCCCAGAAGAGCAUGCAAUAA